UUCGUUCCCUGUCUUUUCUCUCUCUCUCUAGUCGUCUCCCUCACUCCGCUACACUCUCCGUGUUCUAAUUUUCUUCUUCAGUUCAGACCCAUUGCCUUCUUCAACUUCAUCUCCCUCUUCAGAUUCUGUCACUCGAUUCAGAUCUUAUUCGACUUCCGGUUCACGCUGUGCAGCUUCAUUUCUCUCUCUAAAACUCCUUCUCUCUCCUGCUCCUUCUACUCCAUCCAUGGAUUUGCUUCACCAUUUCUCCGUCGUAAAGGGCGCGAAGGUUCUUAUGGUUGGGGCGGGUGGGAUUGGCUGCGAGCUUCUCAAGACUCUCGCUCUCUCUGGCUUCCAAGACAUUCAUAUUAUUGACAUGGACACUAUAGAAGUCAGUAAUCUCAACAGGCAAUUUCUUUUUCGACAAUCACAUGUUGGGCUAUCAAAAGCCAGAGUUGCACGGGAUGCUGUUUUAAAAUUUAGGCCUCAAAUAAGUAUAACACCAUAUCAUGCAAAUGUUAAGGAUUCUAACUUUGAUCUGGACUUCUUCAAGCAAUUUAAUGUUGUGUUGAAUGGUCUGGACAACUUAGAUGCAAGGAGACAUGUAAAUCGGCUAUGCUUGGCUGCUGAAGUUCCUCUGGUUGAAAGUGGAACCACUGGGUUCCUUGGACAGGUCACCGUGCAUGUUAAGGGAAAAACAGAGUGCUAUGAGUGCCAACCUAAACCUGCCCCCAAAACAUAUCCUGUGUGUACCAUUACAAGUACUCCAUCAAAGUUUGUUCACUGUAUUGUAUGGGCAAAGGAGCUUCUCUUUAUGAAGUUGUUUGGGGAUAAGAACCAGGAGAACGAUUUAAAUGUGCGUUCAGGUGAUGCUGCUAGCUCGUCAGAUCAUGUGGAGGAUGUAUUUGAGCGCAGAAACGAUGAAGACAUUGAUCAGUACGGAAGGAGAAUAUAUGAUCAUGUAUUUGGUUAUAACAUUGAAAUGGCCUUGUCUAACGAGGAGACAUGGAAAAACCGUAAGAGACCAAAGCCUGUAUACAUUAGGGAUAGCCUGCCUGAUGAGCCAACUCAACAGAAUGGAAAUGUGGAGAAAAAUGGGACAACCAGUGAUCCAACAUCAGUGUCUGCCAUGGCAUCUCUGGGCAUGAAAAAUCCACAGGAUAUAUGGAGCCUUAAGGAAAACUCAAGAAUCUUUCUCGAGGCUUUAAACCUAUUUUUCUUGAAAAGAGAGAAGGACAUUGGGAAUUUGACAUUUGACAAGGAUGAUCAACUAGCUGUAGAAUUUGUUACCGCAGCUGCAAACAUUCGAGCUUCUUCUUUUGAAAUUCCUUUGCAUAGUCUAUUUGAAGCUAAAGGUAUUGCUGGAAAUAUUGUUCAUGCUGUUGCAACAACCAAUGCUAUUAUUGCUGGAUUGAUUGUUAUUGAGGCCAUCAAGGUGCUGCAAAACGAUACAAAAAGAUAUAGGAUGACAUACUGUCUUGAACAUCCUUCAAAAAAGCAGUUACUAAUGCCAGUGGAACCAUUUGAACCUAACAAGUCUUGCUAUGUUUGUUCCGAGACACCUCUAUUACUCGAGAUAAAUAUGCAUCGUUCAAAGUUGAUUGAUAUUAUUGAAAAAAUAGUUAAACCCCAGCUUGGGAUGAGCUCACCAACUAUCAUGCACGGGACAGAUAUUCUCUAUGAGACCGGCGAUGAUCUUGAUGAGGAUUUGCUAGCAUCUUAUGCUGCAAAGGCUGACACGGUGCUGUCUGAGCUUAGCUGCCUAAUGAAUGGUGGGUCGAUGCUGACCAUUACUGAUCUUUUCCAAGAGCUGCGUUGCGAUAUCAAUAUCAAGCACAGAGAGGUAUUUGACGAGGAAAAGGAACCCGAUGGAAUGGUUCUUUCUGGAUGGAGUCAAGCUCCUACAGCAGAGAACAACGCCGACAAAUCUCUGGACAAUGCUGAAGGCUCUGCAUCAGAGCCUUCGACAGUGGAGACUGGAAACAACAAUGAGAAAGAAACUAUUUCAACAAAGAAAAGAAAACUUUCUGAGGUUUUCGAGGAUGGCCCUCAAAGCGAUGUGCAAGAAACAAGAGCAAGUAAGAAAAUCGAAGUUGUUGACGAAGAUGAUGACCUCGUCAUGCUUGAUGCUGGGGAUUUCGGCACCUUCAAAAAACGUCAAAGCUAGCAGUGAUAAUAGUCCUUGGUGGAUUGUACAUCCUAAUUUUGUACAAUUAGGGGGGAAAAUACUGAUUCUUUUGGUGAUCAUAAUUGUUCUUUCGAAUAGGGCUUUAUUUUGUAGUUUUUUUGCUGGAGUUAGGAAAGGAUUAAUUAGCUGUCCUUGCUGCCGUUCACCCCCUUUUGUGGUUAUCACUGUAAUCAAAAUGUGUAUUCUUCCUAGCCCAAUCACCCCCUUUUGUGGUUAUCACUGUAAUCAAAAUGUGUAUUCUUCCUAGCUCAAUUAACAUAGAGAGAGAGAAAGAAAGAGAGAGAGAGAAAGAAAGGAACUUUAGAGCAACUGUUUAAAUACUUUAACUUUUGGAAAUGACCUUGAAAUUUAGAUAUGUGAUCCAAUGACCCUAUUAAUUAAAUCCUCUGAUUUUGAGCACUGGAAGAGCUCUUAUCUUCUAUA